CGUAAAUUGAAUUUUCUCGGUACUUUUAACAUUCUAACUACGAGGAAAGGCAACUUCCGCUUGCUUUCUGUCUUCGUGUUCCAACUCUGUGUGCAGAAAAUGAUGGAGAAGGACUCUUUAAGGAGCAAUAACAAUGGUAAUAGCGCGAAUUACAACAGAGAGAGAACCGGAGGUGAUGCGGGAUUGUUAAGAUCCAGCUCAGAUCCGGCCAAACAAACGGCGUCGUCUUCUGAUUUUGUUUUGCAGUGGGGAAACCGGAAGCGUCUCAGGUGUAUGAAGAUCCAGGUCAAAGACGACCAAUCCGGCCCGGUUAACCGAACCACGGUUCGAGUCGAUCGCCGUGUCGUGAGGGCCGAUAAGGACUCUUCAAAUCAGCCCAGCCAUAAUAACAAUCACGGGACUGGAUAUUUUAACCUCCGUCAACGGCCUGCUUCUCCUCAGGCCCCGCCACCUCAGCGCGUUCUCAGGAACUGUGAGAAUUCCAGUGCUAUGAGAGGCCAAAGCAACGGUGGUGUAAGAGGAUUCACUUCAACAGACAGGGGUGUGCACGAGAAGAGAGGUGGCAACAAUAACAAUUACAACCACCACAGCAACAACCAUGAUAACAACCACUACAACAAUAAAUCAGCGGCAUCUUCGGAGACAGCUCAGGAUAGCAAAAAAGGAGGGUCAUCUUCUGGGAGCGGUGAGAUAGCUCCUGCACCCAUGGUUUGGCCACCUAAAUUCGUGAUUGCUUUAACAAAUAAAGAGAAAGAAGAAGAUUUCAUGACCUUUAAAGGAUCUAAGCUGCCACAAAGACCAAAAAAGCGAUCAAAAUUUAUUCAACGUACCCUCAAUCUGGUAAGUCCUGGGACAUGGCUUUGCGAUUUAACCCUCGAACGUUAUGAAGUCAGGGAGAAGAAGGUCACAAAGAAGAGACCAAGAGGUUUAAAGGCUAUGGGAAAUAUGGAAUCUGACUCUGAAUAGAAAGCUGGGAAGGUGCAGUUUAAAGGUUUGAUUUUUUGGGUAUUUGCAAAUGUCGAUGAUGAUGAGAUUUUCCAGAGACAGUUGCUCUUUAUUUUUUUAAAGGAUGAGAUUAGUCUUUAAACUGUAUAAAUGAUGAUCUUUUCAUAUAUGAGAUGAAUGAAAAGUUUAGAUUAAGCAAAA